AUGGGAGAUACAUACGUUUCGCUUACUGAGCGCCUAGCAUCGUCCGAAGGAAAAAGAGCCACCUUUAUCAAUUGGAUCACCGAAUCAUUAUCAUGCAAAACCCUUAAUACUGCGGAUGUUCUUGAUGAUACUGUCGAGUUUCUACGAAGCAUAAUUGUGGCCGAAGACCGUGAUGUGGUUGAAUACGAAUCCAAAGUGAUCUCUUAUCAGUUAUCCAAUCUAUGUGUUCUAUGCUUGAAGGAUUUAUAUCAGGAAAAACCAGGAAAGGUGUAUGAUUUCGCUGGUUUUCUUUGUAACAUUCUGUGCGAGAACUAUGAAGAAGUUGUUCAAGGUCCUGCUCUUAAGAAGAGAUUCAAGAAGCAUAAAAGUACACACUUAUAUUCUGUUGUCAAAGAUUAUGCUAUUACAAUUUUGUGUCAUUUAUAUGCUUGUUUUUCUGAAGAUUUGCACUCUUUAUCUGCUAUGAUUAUUCCUGUAUUAUUCAAAGAUCUUAAGAAGGUUUUAGAAAAACCUAAAUACUUUAACUCGAAUUAUGCUAUUUUUUUGAUGAGGCUGUUCCAAACUAUAUCCAUGUAUAACAGUAACAAUGCGAUAGAUGAUCAUUAUCAUCAGAAAUAUUUAAAACUGGUUAAGGAUGUAUUUUCUGAUAUUUCUGAUGAAAGAGUUGAUUACCCCUCUGAUUUUGUUUCAUCUUUGGUUGAGAAUUUGACUGGUUACUUUGAGUCCAAUUAUUUUGUCAAAGCUCACAAAAAUGACUUCUUGGACGUUAUGCGUUCGAAUAUAAAUUCAAUUUUGACCGUCUGCGUUAAGUGUCCCAAAUGGAGGAUUGCUAUCGCAGAAUCGUUGGCUAAAAUAUUAGGCUACUAUGUUUCCGUGGACUUGAUGGAGCCUAAAGUCGCUUGUGAAUUUUAUGGUAAUUUGUUUUGUUCUCUAAACUUUAAGGCGGGUAGGAUUGCGAUUCUGGAAUCAUUACAUCAAUUUAUGUUUGUUAACUUCACCCGGAAUACAAAGUUUUUGAUGGGUGAUAAGUACCUAAGUCUCUUUCAAUGUUUUGUCGAAUGCUUAUGUCGUUGUGGUAUAGUGAUUUCUAUUGAAGAUAUCGAGUUGUUUAACUUGGUCCAUAACCAAACUCUGCCUUUUCUUACAGAUUCAGCAAGGACAUCAGUCAUUGAUGAAAUUUUUAAUGCUGCUGAUAGGUACAUUCUAUCUGACAACCUAGAACAAACACAAAGUAUACUAGGUUUAUUAAGUGUUUUCUUCAGAGAUCUGCCUGCUAAUGUGAUUGCUGACAGAGGGCUUGGAGAAAAGAUUCAAGCUUCUCUUCUGAAAGUAAGUGCUGUUGAAAAUCUAACUGUAAGGAUAAAUUCUGUCUAUUGCUUGCAGUUAUUUCUUCAUAGCGUGCCAUACAAAAUUCCAGGUGUGGUUGAUGAGCUAUUGGAGAAACUUUCUUCUCAGUUUCAGAUCGAGAAGGGUUUUAGUUUUGCAGGAAACCACGGAAUAUGCCUUCUGAUAAGUUCUAUCAUUACUUCUCGUGAUCCCGACUUUGUCUCAUUCGAUUUGAUAAUGCGAGUAACGGCUUUUGCAGUUGGUACUUUAAAAUCUAACUCACUGAGUACCAAAAAAGUACUAUAUGAAAAGGAACUACUUUGUUGGAUUCUAUUGACCGGAGCUUUGUGUUUCCAAGACGAGAAGUAUAUCAAAACUCAUUCUCCGCAAUUGUUUAUUUUUUGGCGAAACAUUUUCACUCACUCGGCGGUUUAUCAUACCGAAGAUGAACUUAUGAAGAACAUUGAAAUUAGAAACCAUGCUUUGUCUUGUAUGAUAUCCUUUUUACGGUCAAGUGUUUUGAAUGAAGAACUUUCUAAACAGGUUUUUUAUUUAAUUUCGAAAUGUCUUAAUUUUAAACACUCUGUGACUGCUGUUUCUGGUUCCAUGAAAGAACUUUUGGCACGUUAUGAACAUCGGAUGUAUCAGGUUUUUCUUCUUAUUUGUCCUUAUGUUCAUAAGGAUGUUAGUACCUCGGCUCUAUUACAGGCUUUGAAAAACUUUAGUAACCCAGUUAAUUGUUUCGAGGAUGGUUGUUUGCAUGUGUCUGCUCCACAAAAAGCCGAAGAAGUUGCUCGUUUUCCCGCCGUCGGUAGGUUUUCUGAUGUGUUAACUUGUAGUGAAAGUGCUGACUAUGGAGUAUCUACUUUCGUAAAAUCUGUUCAGUCUUUUGGAACAAGCAAACCUUGUUUAUUGGAGGAGGCAUGGGAGAAACCUGUUGUAACUUCUAGGUCUUUUGAUUAUAAUCAUGUUAUUCUUAAUUUAUCUCCACCUGUCCCAUACUCUAUUGCGUUGAUUGACGUUUCAUUGGAACUAUUUUCUCUUUGUUUUCCUUUUACUAGUCAAUCUGUUCAGCGUUCUUUGAUAGAGACUCUAAUUUCAAAUGUUUUAACUAACUCCCAUACUCGUCACAAGUAUUCGGUGGUAAAGGCUAAUGUUCUUUUUGCUAUGUAUAUGGCAUUAGUAGAAGUUGAUAGGUGUAAGCUUGGAGUACAUUGUACGAUUGGUGAGCUAAUAAUUAAUGUGUUGGACGAGUGUUCUUUUUCUGAUGAUGAUAUUUUAUAUGAUUUGAAAGGACGCUGUUUUGGUUUUGUUUGUGCUGCAGUUAAACGUACUGGAGAUGAAAAGUUUUCGAAAAGUUUAAUCAAUGUGUCAAUUCAGAGGAUUGUAAGUGAUGUCAAUCCUAUAUCUCGUGGGUUGAAUCUUUUCAUCAUUUGUAAUAUUUUGAACGAGGAUCCUGGAUGUAGUGAAUUUGCUGUUGUGUUAGAUAUUGUAAAAAAGUUCAUUAGCGAUCCUCAUCCUGUUAUUAAUGUUAGUGGCCUGAAAUGUUUGUUUGUUUUGUUGAAAAAGCAUAAUAUUUGUGACAUUCGUUUGGCAGGGGAGUUGUUGGAGCUGAUAUCUGUUAAUUUGUUUUGUAAUAAUUAUGGACCAUUCAGUACCUUGUCUUUUGGUAACAAUUAUUGUCAGAAGUUUAAUCCUGGGAUAGUAAUUUGUUUUAUUGUCUCUGCAUUGGUGGCGAUGUUAGGUCCUGGUGUUUUGGGUUUUGACGACAGUAAGAGAAGUCUUUUAAAGGGUAUUAUUUUAGCGUUACAGUUUUCACCAUUUGAUGGUGUUCAAACGUCUUCACUUAAGAUCUGUGAAACUCUUUCGCUUUUUAAGUUAAAUGAAUUCUUUUGCUUAAAGUUGUCGUUGAAUGUUGUUAAAAGUCGCAUUUUAUCAUUGUUAAGGCAGAAUGUUGGUUCUGGUUAUUUGGCUUUGUAUGAUGACCGAAGUUCUGCUGGCUAUUGUUCAAGUGAGAGUUUUACUGUAAGUGUUCAAUAUUUAUGUGAAUUGGCAAAGCUUCAGGUUUAUGAUAUUUAUAUUGAUGCUAGUUUAAGUCAGUUAUGUUGGGGAGCACUUUUAGUAUUUCCGAAAUCUAGAUUGUUAAGAAGUUAUCUUGAAGGGUGGUGUAUGUUCCAAGUUAAAAAUAGUGUGAAUGUUUUUAAAGUGCUUAUCCGGUUAUUUGAUAUGUGUUUUGCUGAAUACAUGAGUUUAAUGUAUUAUCGUGGUAGAGAGGAACAUAUAUUUUUGGAUGAUAAUUUUUUGUUUGAGGAAGAGCAAGAUAUUAGUGUUGGAUGUUUCCAAGAGUCAGCUGUUAAAGAAAGUGUGGGAUCCUUCAGUAGACAGUUUAUUGUUGAAUUAAUGUCUGGAUGUGUUAAAUUGUUGGUGGGAUCUAAAAAAGCUUUGGAGUUGUUGCCAGAAAUGUCUGCUAUAAUUAAAGUCUGUUUUUUUUGUUGUUCUUCUGAAGUUGCAUGGUUACAGAUUUCGGCGUUGGGGUUGUUGAAGUGUAUUUUAAAUGUUUAUGGCGAGAUGGUGGAUAAGGAAGAUGAAUCGUCGUUUGUGCUUGAACAAUAUUCGGCUGUUUUGUCUGGUGCUGUUUUGCCUAUUUUUAUGAAACCGAGUUAUCCUAAAGUUAUUUGUGAAGGUAUUGAUGUAUGUGCUGAAAUUGUUGGUUGUGGUUUGGUACCGUAUUCUGAUGAUGAUCGUGUUGUUAAUGUGUUAGUUGAAUCGUUGUUAGAAAUUGCUGGUAAUAAAACUGAAAUCAAAGUUGGAUGUUCUACAUUUCAGUUAACUAAAAGACAACAAGAAGUAAAACAUAGUAUAUUAAAAGGAUGGGGAAUACUUGAGUGUAAAUCAUAUCAAAAUAAAAAUGAAGAACUAGAGAAAUUUGUAAAAGAGUACCUCAAUGUGCUAGUACCAUUGUGGAUCAUAACAAUCCGUGAACUUCACUCUCCAGUGUGGUUAAAGAUAGUCGAUUCCCUCUGUGCAGUCCAAUCUCAAGAUCCAUCAAUCAUCAAUAACUUUGACCUAGAAGGGUUUGUGUUUGUGAUGUUCGGAGAGAUACUGCCUUGA